AGACCAGCAGGGAUGAUGCUGUGGAAAGAGAUGCCCAUGGAAAUGGGGAACGGGACCACUGUCCAAGAAUUCACCUUGGAGGGGUUUCCUGCCAUCCAACACCUGGGAAAGGUCCUCUUCCUGGUGCAUCUGCUGGCCUACCUGGCAUCCAUUACAGGCAAUGCUGUCAUAGUCACCAUCACCUGUGCUGACUCCCGGCUCCAGACACCUAUGUACUUUUUCCUCAGCAUUUUCUCCUUCUUUGAGUGUUGUUUCAUAAGUGCUGUUAUUCCUAAGUUGCUGGUCAUCUUUCUUUUAGGCCGGCAAACCAUUUCCUUUCUUGCCUGUUUCAUACAAGCCUUUGUGUUUGUCUAUCUGGGAGCAGCAGGUUUCCUCCUCAUAGCAGUGAUGUCUGUGGAUCGGUACAUGGCCAUUUGCAAGCCCCUGCAUUACCCAACCAUCAUGAACCUCAAGACUUGCUUCCUCUUGGUCACUGCCUGCUUCACUUUGGCCUUCAUUCUCAUCAGUGGUCCACUAAUAAUGGUUUCCCAGUUAUCCUUCUGUGGCCCCCAUGUCAUUCCCCACUUCUUCUGUGACCUUGGUGCCCUGAUUCAUCUCUCCUGUUCUAAUACCAGGUCUGUUGAAAUGUUGGCCUUUGUCAUCGCUUUGUUGAUCCUUUUGACAUCGCUUAUCAUAACCAUCAUUGCAUACAGCAACAUAGUAGUCACAAUUGUGCGACUCCCAUCAGCCAAGGAGCGACAGAAAGCUUUCUCCACCUGCUCCUCUCACCUCAUUGUCCUCUCUCUGAUGUAUGGCAGCUGUGUCUUUAUAUACGUGAAACCAAAGCAAAGGAACAGGCUGAACUCCAACAGGGAGGCUGCCCUUGUGAACACGGUGGUAACGCCACUGCUCAACCCUGUCAUCUACACUCUGCGCAAUAAGCAGGUACAGCAGGCUCUGAAGGAGACAAUGUGCAGAUUGAAAAUAUCAAGAUGAAAAUAAAAUCACAUGGCCCUGGAAUGGAAGGCUUCAGAAAAACAUUUGACUUCAUUCUGGCCAAUGUAGCAGUCCACAGCUUUCUAGUAUAGGGUCUCUGGCACACCCACUUGACCUCUGUACAUUCCUGGAAAAAUGGAAAUCUGUUUUUCAAGGCCACAUUUUAUCUUAAUGUGCUUACCUGUCUUCUCCCUAAAUAUU